UGUGAAACCUCUCUGAUUCCCCCCAAGGCAAUCCUGGAGACUCCAGACCGCCAGCUGACCCUGAACGAGAUCUAUCAGUGGUUCACUCGGAGUUUUGCUUUUUUCCGUUAUAACACGGCCACAUGGAAGAAUGCGGUUCGUCACAAUCUGAGCUUACACAAGUGUUUCGUCCGAGUCGAGAACGUCAAGGGAUCUGUCUGGACGGUCAAUGAGCUGGAAUUCGAGAGGCGACGGGGACAGAGAGCCAGCAGGCCGGCUGUACAGGAGGGGACGUGCAGGAAGGCUGUACGCAAGACCCAGAGAUGAUGCCCGGUGUUCCCCCUUCCCCUACUGGGACCAAGCUGGGAAAGGACCCAGGAAAACAGAGCCCCUCUGCGUGGAUACCCGGCCUGCGUUCCGAGUCGGGAGCAAGCCAUCCGGAAUCUGUGGCUCGACCAGAUCGACAGGACAGAAAGCUUUCGGAAUAAAUAAUACUGCGUUCACUGAG